AUGAAGCCUACAACGGUGGCACUGCUCAUUUUGAUCAAUAUGAUGUGCACUAUUGGAUACUUUGAUCAUGCAAGUUUUCUUGGAACCAAGGCCCACGAAACCACCUUGCUGGCAAAUUCAUAUGGAACCAAUGAAGGAACCGGUUUUACCAAGGGCAUAAAUCUUGGAAGGAAGCUGACGGUGAGGGCCCGCACCUGGGAUAGUAGAGAUAUCUGCUGCAAAAUGACCUCCAAUCCUUGCAAACGGUAUGUUGCAUCAGCAGGUUCUUAA